AGUGGAAGGCUGCCCAAAAUUGGGAGGUGCGUCUGCGUGGUCGUCUUGUCACGCUUCUCUCUAACUUUUUAACGACAUUCUCGAUGGGGAUGUGAACCAGCGUCUACUGAGGAAUGAUGAGAAACGAAUAUGAAAUUGGGUGGAAAAAGAAAGAGAAUAGAAGAAUGAUUGUGUUCUUGUUUUCCUCUCAUGGGUUUGAUAAAAAUGCCUUUCUUCCUUGUCGUGUUUGUGGCAGAAAGUGAGUGUUGGGGUGUGUGUGCUUCUCCUUUGUCUGUCCUCUCUGUCAAGUGUUCAUGAGGUAGAAGAAUGACGGGGUCGGAAUCGAGCGGGAAGAGGAGUAGAGACCCUGAAGAUGCUGUCUAUCUGGAUAAUUUUCAUUCCCACAAACGAUAUCUCAGCGAGAUGAUGGCGUGCAGUUUAAAUGGUUUAACAGUCGGAGACUCUCUCGCUGAGAAUCACAGAACUUCGCCGUCUCGAUUUGAUCCCUUGGAUUCGCCAGCCAGAUCAGAGACCAUUGGCUAUUCUAGGGAUGAACUCUGCUCACCAUAUUCUCCAAUGUCAGAAGACUCUGAUGAUUCUAGAUGUUGUGAGCCUUCGUUGAGCACCUCCAUAGCUCAAACUGACAGCUGUUCCAGGCCCACAAGUCCGGUUUCUCCUUGCAGACAUCAUCACAGAUCAGGAUUUGGCUGUACAACGAUUCCUACCACAUUUACGGCUUCUUCAUUGUGCAUUCCCUCUCUGGUAAUGGGUAACUCUCAGCAGAGGCAGAGGAACACAGAAUCUGAAGGCAGGUUCCCUUCCUCACCCAGUGACAUUUGUCACUCUCCUGACUUGAGGCGUGCUGCCCUCUUGCGCUCUGUGCAGAUGAAGGCACAACCACAGCGACCUUUGGCCUUCGAGUUGCAGUUCGGUAGUCGUCCUGCCAUUCAACACUUUGAGGAGAUUGACAACAAUGCUUGCUCCUUUGCAAAACCUAUGGUUGAUGAGAGGGGAUAUCCAUGUGGUUCUGCAACAAGAAGCUUGGAACAUGUUGAAAACUUGCUUCUUGAGGAUUGCUCGUCAUCAGGAAUAGCUGAAGGUAAUUCGUGCCACCAGAAAUGUUACAGGAGGAUAAACUUGAAGGAUGAUGCAGGAAGAGGGGUUAAGGAACCAGGGGAAGAGGUCUUUGAAGGGAAUGUGCAGACAAAGUUGCUGUCAGGUGGUAAAAGAUCAGUACUUGGACAUGCUAAAGCUUGCAGUGCUUACAAAUGAUUUCUGCAUGAAUAUUGUGGCAGUCAGUUUUGUAUGUAUUGAAUGAUAGGAUAGUUGUGAGGGUUAUCUCAUGCCCCAUUGACCCAGAAGCACAUAAACAAGAACUGUGCUUUUUGUGGAACACAAAUGCAUGUAGGCACUGAAGCUAAUCAUGAAUAUUAUUAACAUUCCAAUGAA